AUGAUCCCGAAGAAUAACAUAAUUUCUGAGGUGCGCCUGCUGCAGCGGCGUCACUGGUCGACGUGGGUGACAGUGUGGCCUUUUGUGGUGCUCUACGCGGUAUCCUUCGCGCUCUACAUGGAUCCUGAAUUGGUGUGGGACCGUAUGACGUAUCUUGUGCACUCGACUUACAUCGACUUCUUUCACGCUAUCUGUACCCCUGUGCUGCUCUUUCUGCAUGGCUUCUUGUCCCUCUUCACCAUAUGGUCCGUGCGCUUCCGCUCGAUGAUUCUCUUCAAAACUGUGACUCGGGAAAAUAUGGAGUCGGCUACUCACAUUCUUGUCUGCACGCAUGAACACAAGGGGGAAUCCGAGAUUGUGCCGCUUAUGCAGGCUUCUGAGGAUCAUCCGAUUCAUUUUGUUUUUCAGGAGCGGAAGUGGAAGCUUGACGCCAAGAAAGGAGGCUUUGUCAAACCACACUUCCCCGUAAAGGAACCCUUGUCACACUAUCUGGACUGGCAAGGGCUCAGCGGCAGCGCCAUGUGUGCAGAACAACUGGAUAAUUUUGGUCCAAACAAGAUGGAGGUGGUGAUUCCGGACUUUCAAACUCUUCUUGUCGAUCAUGCAUUGGCCCCCUUCUUUGUAUUUCAGAUGUUUUGUGUAUUGCUGUGGUGCCUGGAUGAGUAUUGGUACUACUCGAUCUUCACCGGGGUAAUGAUGGUGGGUAUGGAGUGUACGGUCGUGAUGCAGCGCAUUCGAAACAUGAGGACAUUGCGGGAUAUGGCAGAGGUGCCUGUGCGUGAAGUAACGGUGAUAAGACAAGGACGGGAAGUGCGCAUCAAGACAAACGAGCUGUUGCCGAUGGAUCUCAUGGUGGUGGAGAGUAAUGCAGCCUGCCCAGUGGAUUCCAUACUUGUGCGUGGCACAUGCAUCGUAAAUGAGGCAACACUGACAGGUGAAUCAACACCACAGCUAAAAGAGGCCCCUGAUCGAAUGGAACUUUCUUUAGUCAUGAAGAAACACAGUCGUCACCUCCUUUAUUCAGGUACAGAGCUGCUGCUUAGCAACGGUCCACACGGUAAGAGCGAUACGGAGCGCGGUCGAGCCCUCGCUGUUGUUCUUAAAACCGGUUUUGAGACAAAACAGGGAAAGUUGCUACGCACCAUCCUUCAUAGCCAGGGGCGUGUAAGCGAGAACAGCGGAGAAUCUUUUGCUUUCAUUGGGGUCCUUGUUGUGUUUGCUCUUGCCGCUGCUGGUUAUCUUCUUAAGCGCGGUCUGGAAGACCCCAAUAGAAGCCGAUGGAAGCUGUUUUUAUCCUGCGUUCAAAUCAUUACGUCAGUUGUUCCCCCGGAAUUACCGAUGGAAUUGUCCUUGGCAGUGAACACUUCUCUACUCGCGCUUGUUAAACUGCAGGUGUUCUGCACCGAACCCUUCCGUAUUCCGUUUGCAGGGAAGGUGGACACCUGUUGCUUUGAUAAGACGGGCACUCUAACAACGGAUGAGAUGCUAUUCGGAGGUGUCGACAUGGCAGAUGGGAAUGGUUUGCUGAACCAGCUGAAGAAAAUACCGAAAAUGACCGAAUUGGUUUUGGUGACGUGCCACUCUUUGCUGCAGCUGGAGGGAACCGACACGGUGGCUGGGGAUGCCAUGGAAAAGGCCGCACUUGGUGCGCUUGGCUACAGGGUGAAUUUGGACGACACCGUUGUCUACGACCCACCGGCCCCCAAGGAUACGGAGGCUGCGGGGGAAAAUAAUAAAAAUGACGGCCAUGGAAAAUCCAAUAAACACAAGAAACAUGCCGAGGAUGGCAACAGGCGGUACAAGAUCAUCUCUCGCUUUCCGUUUUCGGCUAAUUUACGGCGUAUGUCAUGUCUUGUUAGCACAUCAGAGGGGAAAUAUGUGGUGGCGAAGGGGUCACCUGAGGCUAUUGCUCAUUUGUGCACAAGUGUCCCGCCGGAUUACCAGCAAGUGGCAGACACGCAUGCUUCUCGGGGUUACCGCGUUAUCGCGUUGGCCAUGCGACCCCUGCAGGAGGAGGAGCGAUUGAAGGCUUCUGUUCACAAUUUACAGCGAGAAGACUGCGAAAAGAAUCUCAAAUUUGUUGGACUUGCUGUGUACGAAUGUCCAUUAAAAAAGGAUGCGAAGAGUACGAUUGUCAUGCUGCAAAACGGAAGCCACCGCUGCGUUAUUAUUACAGGAGACAGUGUGCGAACGGCCAUAUCGGUUGGGCAAGAUGUGGGAAUUCUACAGUGCCGCCGGCAGCUCGUUGCUUGUGGGGUGGGGGAUGGAAGUGGUGCCGUGGAAUGGUGCGAUGCAUCGACGGGAGAACGGAUAUCACUUGACCAGCGCGCCAUUCUGGAAAAAACUUUUGUGCGGACCCGCAAACAUAUGUCUCCUUUAGAUGAUGAAUGGGACCUCUGCGUGAGUGCAGAAAAUCUGUCACCCUCGAGCAUGACAGAGCUCAUUGCAGCGUACAACGAGCAAAUCGCCGUCUGGGCCCGGUGCGCCCCCACUCAGAAGGAAGAUAUUGUGACGGACCUCAAAAAGAAGGAUCAUACCGUUCUUAUGGCGGGUGAUGGGACGAACGACGUGGGGGCGUUGAAACAGGCUCACGCCGGUAUUGCCGUCCUAAACGCUGCGGCUGUGGCACCGCAAAAAACGGACGGGAAGGUGGUGGACAACUCACCCCAGUCACACAACGAGCCCGAUGUACCGGCGGAGCACAAGCUACCACCGGGAUUCAAAUUAACGGUUUUACCUCCAAAACCAUCGGCGGAUGCCCCGUUUAUGGUGCAAAUGCGGUGGAAGAUGUCCGAGGCUCGCCGCAAGGCAGAGAUUAUGCAGAUUGCGCGCUGGAAUAAACAGCUGGAUGAAGUGAAGAAGAAAAAAAUUGCCGAGAAGGCAGCCGUCACCCUACCACCACCCGAAUCGACCUCCGACUUUCUCAUGCAAUCGCUCUUUAAUGAAGACGAUAUGGAUCUGGGUGGACCUCCACAAAUUAAGCUCGGAGAUGCUUCCAUAGCGGCCCCCUUUACAUGUCGCUCGAAGGCCCUUAUGUCCGUCUGUGACAUUGUGCGUCUUGGUCGAAGCACGCUUGUUACGACAUUACAAAUGUACAAGAUUCUUGCUCUUAACUGCCUUACCUCCGCUUAUUCCAUGUCAGUGUUGCAUACAGACGGUGUAAGGCUUGGUGAAAAACAGAUGAUCCUGUCCGGUGUGAUUUUAUCUGUUUGCUUCCUUUGCAUGUCACGCAGUCAGCCAAUGCCCACUUUGUGUCCACAGCGACCGAUUACACGCGUAUUUCAUCCCUACAUGAUCUGCACCAUUUUUAUGCAGUUUGCUCUACAUCUGUAUAGCAUGAUGCGGACUGUGAAGCUUGUGGAGGAGGUGGAUAGCAUGGAGGUGGCAAGUAUGCGGGAAAUUGGGGUUGAAGGGGAGUUUAAGCCAACCUUGUUGAAUUCAGCGAUGUUUUUGCUAACCACCCUUAUUGGUGGUGUUACAUUUGCUGUCAACUACCGCGGUGAGCCUUUUAUGCAAAGCAUGCGAAAGAACAAGCCCAUGUUUUACGCACUGAUUGUUCUUACUUUAGUCGUCAUUUACUUUGCAUCCGAGACGGAUCCUGAAAGCAACGCCUUGUUUGAAAUUGUCGCCUUUCCGUCGCAGGAGUUCCGUCACCGUUUCAUACAAUUGCUCUUGACAGACGCCGGCGGUUGCUUUGCCAUUGAGUAUGCUUGUCUUUUUUUUCUGACGGACUACAUGUGA